AAUAUCUCUUCCCCAUUUCCAUAAAUCUUCUUCCCGCCAAACGGACUAUUUUUAUUUUUUAGUCUCUCUUGAAUACUCGAAUCUCACAAAUGCAAACGGUCUUCAUUGCUCUUCAGUGCUGCCAAUGCUUCACCAUGCAGGUGAAGCAGAGGAAGAAGAGCAGCAAUAAGUGGAUCUGCGUGGUGUGCAACCAGAAGCAGUCUGUGCGCAAUGUGUUCGCCCAGGGUUUCAUGGCCAGGGACGUUCGGGAAUUCGUCCAGAGCUUCAACAUGUCCCGCCAGCUCGCCGAUCAACAGAUCGAUCUUCAUCCACAGGAAGAGCCGCAAACCCUAAUUUCGGAAGGCCAGUUCCAGGGAAACGGAAACAACAACAACAGCAAAAAGAGAACGGAUUGGACGGAGUACCUGGAUUUCGAGGAUGGAUCAGUUGAACAAGAAGACGAACAAUCAACAGAGGAUGGAAUGGAUACUAUGAUUGUCACAGAGCUUCCCAAGGCAGUGUUCAAAAGGCCGAAGCUCAGCAGUAACAUGGCAGGUUCUGAAUCUGACUCCCAGAACCGUUUUUGGCCAGUUUUUACAAAGAGAAAUGCAGGAAAGCAAAGCUCAUCCCAGGAUAAAGAGGGAGUAUUUGGUACGGAGCAAAAGCUGAUCAAUGUUAAGUCUGCAGAUGUUGGGCUAAUGGCAAAGAGGGCUCCUGAAAGGGAAGAUGGCACAGCAGUAUCUCAAGGUGCUCCAUCAUCUUGGUCUAAUAGCGCGCAGUUUUCCAAAUCAAACGAGUUCUACGUAAACGGAGAGCCUAGCAAGGGGAGUCUUCUCACAACAGGAACAGCAAAGGGCGAGAUCAUAUCGAAGUGGAGUGAGUACUUGACCACGGAUUAAGAUGACUGUUACUAGGAGGGCUGAGCUUUUUAUGGGCCCCAGUCGGGAAAAGAAUGUGGCUUAAUAAAGUAACACAGAGCUGUCCUGCCUGGAGAAGGCUUGCCGGAGCUAGUGAUAAAUGAUAAUUGGGAGGACAGUUGGAUUCGAAAACCAGCUCGAUGAUCACAAGUCAGAAGGUGGAUGAAGGUAUCAUCCAAAUUUUAAGAUUUUUGAGUGUGUGGCAAUUGGUUAAUGUUUUGGUUCUCCAUUUAUAACUUGAGAGAGUGUAGUAUGAGUUGCUAAAUUUUCGCAGGUAGAAACUGGCGAUCCAUAUUGAGGUAUUGAACGUGACAAUCCUUUCCUUUUAUAAAUAUAACUAGUUAUAAUCG